AUGAUCGUGGCGCGCUUCUUCUCACCUCAUCUAAUGCUCAUCGUGAGCUGCGUGCUCUACAUCAUCUUUGGAGCACUGAUGUUUCAGAAACUCGAAGGAGAGCAUUUGAAGGCAAGUGAUGUAUUAGCCAACAACUACUCUAUAGGUCUCGACACUCCAGUGACGAAGAACGAGCAGACAGCGAACAUCCACAAAAGUGCUCAGUUGUAUAUUGAUCGGUUAUGGGAGUUUACAGAAGAGCAAAGCGGCAAUUACCAUACGCUGGAAGGUAUCGGAAAAGCGGCUAAGAGCAGUCUAACGGACGAGUUUCACGGUUACGUCGACGCCGUGUUCAGUGCGCACCGUGCAUCAAGGCACGGCUACGAUGAGAACACGCCGACGUGGGAUUUCGCGAACUCGGUUUUCUUCACCACCACAAUGCUCACCUCUAUUGGCUACGGCUACGUCGCACCAAACACAUUCGAAGGACGUCUUUUUGGCGUCAUCUAUUGUCUCAUAGGAAUUCCGCUCACCCUUGUCACUGUAGCCAACGUUGCUAAGUUUAUUUCGGAGACAAUUUUUCUGAUUCACUACGAGUUGUGGAAGUACUGGAUACGGUGGAAAGCACAAAGAAAAGGCGAGGAUUGGGGGAACGGGUCACUUUUCGCCGAGGACGAAGAUGAACAGGAGAUACUUGAUCGAGUGAAACUCGUACGCUUUCCUCCAAUCGUCGUGUUCUUUUUCGUAUUUCUCUACGGACUUCUGGCUUCCUAUGUAAUUCAACGAAAAGAACAGUGGAGUUACGUGGAGAGCAUGUACUUCACUUUCAUUAGCAUUCUUACUGUAGGCUUUGGUGAUUUUCGACCGUCACCCGAAAACCUUUGGACCACAUUAGCCGUUGUAAUUGGUGGCGUAAUUUUGACGACUAUGUGCAUGGAUGUUUUUGGCCGGAUGUAUCUGAAAGAAAUUCAUUAUCUUGGUCGGAAGCUGAAGAGUAGCAAUCCUUUCUAUCUCAUCCGAGAGGCAAAGGCUCGGCGACGUCGGGCGGCGAUGGCUUUGUUGCUGGCGCAGCUGGCUAGAGGAAUGAUAUUUGCGCACAAGGACUACAACGAGCUGUCUCGGAAAAAGUCCAAGAAAAAACGUGCCAAAAGACGAGGCAGUCACGUCCUACCCAAUGAAAAGUUCAUGUUUGCUCGACUACCUCCGGAUCCUCCGUCUGAUUGUCAGGUAAUAAGCACCUCCGCUUAUUCGGUGCGCAUCGCCUGGGCUCCAGCGUUCUCCUCCGAAUCCGACCUCACCUACAACAUUCGAUAUCGUCUCAAGCAUAACGAAGAUGGGAAGGUUCGUGAACUGCGAGGCAUCAAGGGCAACGCGGUCGAGAUCAUGAGCGUCGACUCGUGCUCGCUGUACGAGUUUCGUAUCACGGCAGCCAGCAAAUACGGCGAGAGUAAGCCUAUCUACCUCGUGCAGUACACCGAACCGCAGCUGAGCCCUCAGCAUAUCCUGGCGACAAAGCUGAACGCCAACACCAUUGAACUGACUUGGGAGCCACCAUUCAAGAGAACUCAUGAAGUGAAGAACUAUAUUGUUUAUUUCACUGAGAAUCCGAACGCGUCACUAUCGGAAUGGGAGAAAAUUCCGGUGAACAGUAGACAGAUUGUGUUUCCGGAUCUCCGCUUCGAUUGGUUUUACAUGUUCAGCGCCACAGCUGUAUUCAAAGAUGGACAACGUUCUCCUCUUUCAAGAGCGUUAUUCAUCAAGACCGACAAGUUGGAGUUCCACAAACAUUGCGUGGGUCAAUCACGAACUAUCGAGGUAAUGGAUUCGAUAUGUGAUCGAGCAGAAGAUAACGAGAACACCGUACUGCUCAAACGCGACUACGCCUCAUUUGCUCUUUAA